AUGGCAACAAACUCGUCGUAUUCUCAAAAAGUGCUCAACUGCCGUGGUCGUGCUUGUGCUAAAUGUGGUUACUGCCGUGAUUGGUACUACACACCUCAUCAUCCUACGAAGAUUUAUACAAAGCGUCAGGAUGCAAUCUGCACUUCUGCUUAUGCGUAUGGUCAUCGUGGUUUUGGUCCUGGUUGUGGUGGUUGCUGUCUUUGUUGUGUUGCUCACAUUCCUUUUGGUAAUCUUUGUUCUCGUCCUUAUUAUGGUGGUAGUGGUUUUCUUCGUGGUGGUCUUAAUUAUAAUAUUCAGACUCUUGCUGGUGUUGAUCAUGCUGCUCGUCGUCGCCGUAAUAAUGCUGUUGGUGUUGCUACUCAUGUUGAUCUUGUUCUUGGUAGUAUGUUUCGUGAUGUUACUGUUUUUGCUAAUGGUAUCGCUGAUCUUACUGAUGAUACUCUUAAUGCUCGUAUUGCUCUUGGUCGUGCUCAUCAUGAUGAUGGCCGUUUGUGUGAAUGUAGUGACAAUCAGCAGUAA